AUGCGGCUAACAAAUGUCGUCACUCCGCCAGCAAGCAAUGCCACAUCAAUCCCCCAGCGCCCCAGCGCCACAAACUCGCCUAAUACGUCGUCCUCAAACAGUGAGAUCCCAGCCGAUAUUGCAGAAAUACGCAAGGCCAAUAUGAACUCCGACAUCAUCGACGCGUUCAAAAGCACUUGUCCUCCAGGAGUAAAGCCCUAUAUCACAGGGAUCGGCCUAUAUACCCAUGUUGAUGGCUCUAAAAAUGUUUCCACCUCUUCUCACGGAGAAAACACCCCGCCACAGCCGAUAUUCCUUCCCAUUCCGCAGCCCCUCGGAAGUGUGAACUCGGGCUCGAAAUUACCAGAAGAAGUGAGAAAGCUCUGGGUAGACCUCCGAGGUGUCAUUCAAGACGAGGAACGUCUGAUUGGUAAAAGGAAACUUGAACUUGAGGAACUGAGCAAAAGAUAUGAAGCACUUCCAGCCCCAGAGAAAUCGACAACACCGGUACAGCAUGAAAAAGUGGAUGUGGUCAUGCAAGACGGAGAAGGUUCAGAGGAUGGAGAGAUCGAAGAUACCAUAGCGGUUCCAGUGCGUAAUUCGAGAUCCCAGUCUGGUCAUAUACCGCUUGAUAGAAGGGUUGCGACUGCGUCGGACAGUAAUGAAAAGGACGCUAUGCAAGGGAUGGAGGGGGAGAGGGGCACGAAAUUACCUCCUAGUACACAAAUUUAUGGACCGGACCCGAGGAAGCAGAGACGACAAGUAUCACGGGAAUGA